GUCCUCCGGAGCAGAAACGCGGCCUCGGCGUCUGUGUGGUCCUUCCUGACUGCGGGCGCAGACGCGGCGCGGCGUGGGACGGAAGCGCGGUCUUCGGUGGCCGCUUGCGGGCUCCUGGCUGAGCAGACGUGAGCAUCAUGGAUACUGACUUGUAUGAUGAGUUUGGGAAUUAUAUUGGACCAGAGCUUGAUUCUGAUGAAGAUGAUGAUGAACUGGGCAGAGAGGCCAAAGAUCUUGAUGAGAUGGAUGAUGAUGAUGAUGACGACGACAUAGGAGAUCAUGAUGACGAUCACCCCGGGAUGGAGGUGGUGCUACAUGAGGACAAGAAGUACUACCCCACAGCCGAGGAGGUGUACGGUCCUGAGGUGGAGACCAUAGUCCAGGAGGAAGACACCCAGCCUCUCACAGAACCCAUUAUUAAGCCAGUGAAAACCAAGAAAUUCACUCUGAUGGAGCAGACGUUACCUGUCACGGUGUAUGAAAUGGAUUUCUUGGCAGAUCUGAUGGACAACUCAGAGCUCAUCAGAAAUGUGACCCUUUGUGGCCAUCUCCACCAUGGCAAGACGUGUUUUGUAGAUUGUUUAAUAGAACAGACUCACCCGGAAAUCAGAAAACGCUAUGACCAAGAUCUGUGCUACACUGACAUCCUUUUCACUGAACAAGAGAGAGGUGUUGGCAUCAAAAGCACUCCUGUGACAGUGGUCCUGCCAGAUACCAAAGGAAAAUCUUAUCUCUUCAAUAUCAUGGACACUCCAGGACAUGUGAAUUUUUCUGAUGAAGUCACAGCUGGCUUGCGCAUCUCAGAUGGAGUGGUCCUUUUCAUCGAUGCUGCUGAGGGGGUGAUGUUGAACACCGAGCGGCUGAUCAAGCACGCCGUGCAGGAGAGGCUGGCAGUCACCGUGUGCAUCAACAAGAUUGACCGGCUCAUCCUGGAGCUCAAGCUGCCUCCAACUGAUGCUUACUACAAGCUGCGCCACAUUGUGGACGAGGUCAAUGGGUUAAUAAGCAUGUAUUCCACUGAUGAGAACUUGAUCUUGUCUCCACUCCUGGGCAACGUCUGCUUUUCCAGCUCCCAGUAUAGCAUCUGCUUCACACUGGGCUCCUUUGCCAAGAUCUACGCUGACACCUUUGGUGACAUUAAUUACCAGGAAUUUGCUAAAAGACUCUGGGGUGACAUCUACUUCAACCCCAAGACGAGAAAGUUCACAAAAAAGGCCCCCACCAGCAGCUCCCAGAGGAGCUUUGUGGAGUUUAUCUUGGAACCCCUUUAUAAGAUCCUCGCUCAGGUUGUGGGUGAUGUGGACACCAGCCUCCCGAGGACCCUGGAUGAACUUGGCAUCCACCUGACCAAGGAGGAGCUGAAGCUUAACAUCCGCCCGCUGCUCAGGCUGGUCUGCAAAAAGUUCUUUGGCGAGUUCACGGGCUUUGUGGACAUGUGUGUACAGCAUAUCCCCUCUCCAAAGGUGGGCGCCAAGCCCAAGAUCGAGCACACCUACACUGGCGGCGUGGACUCCGACCUCGGGGAGGCCAUGAGUGACUGUGACCCUGAUGGUCCCUUGAUGUGCCAUACUACCAAGAUGUACAGCACAGAUGAUGGAGUUCAAUUUCAUGCCUUUGGCCGGGUGCUGAGUGGCACUAUCCAUGCUGGGCAGCCUGUGAAGGUUCUUGGGGAGAACUACACCCUGGAGGAUGAGGAAGACUCACAGAUAUGCACCGUGGGCCGCCUUUGGAUCUCUGUGGCCAGGUACCACAUUGAGGUGAACCGUGUUCCAGCUGGCAACUGGGUUCUGAUUGAAGGUGUUGAUCAACCAAUUGUGAAAACAGCGACCAUCACUGAACCUCGAGGAAAUGAGGAGGCUCAGAUUUUCCGGCCCUUGAAGUUCAACACCACAUCUGUGAUCAAGAUUGCUGUGGAGCCAGUCAACCCAUCAGAGCUGCCCAAGAUGCUCGACGGCCUACGCAAGGUCAACAAGAGCUACCCAUCCCUCACCACCAAGGUGGAAGAGUCUGGCGAACAUGUGAUCCUGGGCACUGGGGAGCUCUACCUGGACUGUGUGAUGCAUGAUUUGCGAAAGAUGUACUCAGAGAUAGACAUCAAGGUGGCUGACCCAGUUGUCACAUUUUGUGAGACGGUGGUGGAAACGUCCUCCCUCAAGUGCUUUGCUGAAACUCCCAAUAAGAAGAACAAGAUCACCAUGAUUGCUGAGCCUCUUGAGAAGGGCCUCGCCGAGGACAUAGAGAACGAGGUGGUCCAAAUCACAUGGAACAGGAAGAAGCUGGGAGAGUUCUUCCAGACCAAGUACGAUUGGGAUCUGCUGGCUGCCCGUUCCAUCUGGGCCUUUGGGCCUGAUGCCACUGGUCCCAACAUCCUGGUGGAUGAUACCCUGCCCUCUGAGGUGGACAAGGCUCUUCUGGGCUCAGUGAAGGACAGCAUCGUUCAAGGUUUUCAGUGGGGAACCAGGGAGGGUCCCCUCUGUGAUGAGUUGAUUCGAAAUGUCAAGUUUAAGAUCCUGGAUGCAGUGGUGGCCCAGGAGCCCCUGCACCGGGGCGGGGGCCAGAUCAUCCCCACAGCCAGAAGAGUCGUUUAUUCAGCCUUCCUCAUGGCCACACCUCGUUUGAUGGAGCCUUACUACUUUGUAGAGGUACAGGCCCCUGCAGAUUGUGUCUCUGCUGUUUAUACCGUACUGGCCAGGCGCAGGGGGCACGUGACUCAGGAUGCACCCAUCCCAGGCUCCCCUCUCUACACCAUCAAAGCUUUCAUUCCGGCCAUCGACUCUUUUGGCUUUGAAACCGAUCUGCGGACUCAUACCCAGGGACAGGCAUUUUCCCUGUCUGUCUUCCACCAUUGGCAGAUUGUACCUGGUGAUCCUCUGGACAAGAGCAUUGUCAUCCGCCCCCUGGAGCCACAGCCAGCUCCUCACCUGGCCCGGGAAUUCAUGAUCAAAACCCGUCGUAGGAAGGGCCUGAGUGAAGAUGUGAGCAUCAGCAAGUUCUUCGAUGAUCCUAUGUUGCUGGAGCUUGCCAAGCAGGAUGUUGUGCUCAAUUACCCCAUGUGAAUGCAGGCACACCUGGCAGUCCCUGCUCCCUGCAGUGCGCUGCAGCUCUUGGACUUGAAGCUGGGACCCGCGUGCUUGGACUUGAUGUUGUCAGAGAGCAUCUGGGAGCUGCUGUUGCCUUCUUUAACAACCCAAGAACCUCCAGCGUGGCCUCUGCCUGGCUCCAUUCCCAGGGAACAGAGAGGAGCUUGGGCUUAGGGAAGGAGAAGGGGAUGAAAGUGUUUAACCCCAAGAGGCCCUGUCUUCAGGAUUUACGUGGAAUUUUAUUUUUUACAAAUUUGACCUUAGACAAACUUUGUAAGUGAACAGAACAUUCUGA